UCUCUCAGUCCCUUCCUGCUGCAUCACAACAGCCGUUAGUAGCUCGAGUAGCACUAGUGACCGGGGGGGACAGGAUAUCCACAGCUAAUUUAUUGAUAAAACAACUCUACUGACGUUGCAACACUCAACAACAUCCUGACACGGGGGUAAACGACAGGAACUGGUUGCAGUGCGAUAACCCCGCUCCAGCUGUUGGGAUAUGGCCAGGCCGGAACAGGUUCUGCUCUUGGAGCCUCAGCACGAACUGAAAUUCCGAGGUCCAUUCUCAGACGUGGUCACCACAAAUCUCAAGCUCUCCAACCCUACAGACAGGAAUGUGUGUUUCAAGGUGAAGACGACAGCGCCGCGCCGGUACUGUGUGCGGCCAAACAGUGGAAUCAUCGAUGCAGGCACCUCAAUCAACGUCUCAGUUAUGCUGCAACCUUUUGACUACGACCCCAACGAGAAGAGCAAACACAAGUUCAUGGUGCAGUCCCUGCUAGCACCUCCUGACAUGACCGACAUGGAGGGAGUGUGGAAGGAGGCAAAGCCAGAAGAGCUGAUGGACUCUAAGCUGAGGUGUGUUUUUGAAAUGCCAGCGGAGAACGAAAAAACGCAUGACAUGGAGUCCAACAAGAUGAUGUCGUCCAGCUUGCUGAAGUCCGAGUCCUCCGCGCUGCCUCUGAAGUCGAUGAGCUCCACCCUUGAUGAUGGAGAGGUAAAGAAGAUCAUGGAGGAGUGUAAGAGGCUGCAGAUGGAGGCUCAGAGGCUACGGGAAGAAAACAAACAGAUCAGGGAGGACGAUGGUCUGCGGAUGAGGAAGAGUAACAUGAUGUCAUCUCAGCACUCCUCAGUUGGCAUGAAGAAAGAGGAAGGGUUGAGCGCCCGCAUGAUGGCCCUCAUUUUGCUCUUCUUUGUGGUGGGCCUCAUCAUGGGCAAGUUGGUCUUGUAGAUGGCAGCGCAGUUCGGUCGGCCGCAGCAUGCUUUCGGGGGAUGAAAACAAACAUGGGAUGUAGGAUUUUGCAUCAGAAAGGCCAUAUCCACUGGGUGGGGGGUGGUACUAGUUUUGAUUCAGUCUUAUUUAUGUAAAAAAUUUCAAAAGUAAUGUAUGAGGGGGGGAAAAAAAGAAGAAACAACAAUUCAUCAUCUUAUGAACAAACCUACUGUUACAGGUCUUGCCUCUACGUAAUCAUCACAUAAUCAUUCUGGCCCUCUUCCCAAAGUUUCAUGUAUACAGAUGACUGGUUCUGUGGGCGGGGGGACAUGGAAACGUGAUUUAAUGCUGAUGUUUCAGACCAGUGGAUUUUCUAACACCGGUGAGGUAGUGUUGGUGCGAUUGAGUCAGUUUGCAAUUGUGUGAAUGUCAUUUUAGUGUAUUGUUGUUUCUUUUUCUAAAUGACGGAGGCCAGAGCCUGUGUACAUGUAUAGGUAACCCCCCUCCACUGUACCAUAUAUCCAGGUGUUCCUUCCAGCUAAACCCCCUUUAAGAAAGGGAUUUACACAGAGGCGAUCAGUCGGGGUUAUACACAGGGCUAUCAAACUGACUCCUCCAAUCAGAGGCUUUGUCAAAUCGGCUUGUCUUUGAUUGUUGAGCAACCUUGAUCAGUAAACACUAUACCAUAGGUAUUUUUGUUCCUCGUGUCACUUUUAUUUUCACUCUACUCUAUUCCCGUCACCUGCCACUCAGUGCUCACCACAUCCCCAGUUGUCAGAGGGGGAUGUUUGAUUGCAUGCGUUCACACAGUGUUUUGCAUCUGGACUUCUGAAUCUAAUUUAAUUGCUUUUAUAAUGGUGAAAAUAAUAAUGUCAUUUGGCUGUAGGUUUGCAGAACUACAUUUUCAGAUUUUUUUUUUCUUUCUCUCUUUUGUGUUAUGUUGCACUUUUUAUGAUUUCAAGUAAUUUUUUGUUUUAAAGGUUGAAGCAUUUAAGAAUAUUGCUACCCAAAAUGAGCUCCAGAUUUAUAGGAUUAGAUCGUUUCUGUAAAUGUUCUCCAGAUGAAAGCCUUGCUUUGUAACGUGUUUGUGCAAGUUGUUCUCAGGCCAAGAUGGAGGUACAUACACAGUACAUUAAAACACACAUACACAUAUUUAUUUAUAUAUGUACUGUGCAAGUGUAUCUGGAAUAAUUGAUGCUGUUUUGAAAGCAAAGGGUGGUCACACCAAAUAUUGAUUUGAUUUAGAUUUUUCUUCUGUUCACUCACUUUGUAUUUUGUUAAUCUAUUAACACUUUAAUUUUUAAAAGCAUUUCCACACCUACCUAAAACUUUGGCACAGUACUGUGUGUAUAAAUAUAUGUAUGUAUGUAUACACACAUAGAAAGCAUACAUAUAGUGAGAAACCACAAAUGGACAGAAGGUGCGAGUAGAGGCAAAUGGUUAUGUGUUUCCUUGACAACAUCAACAACACCAAGGUCCUGUCACAGUGUCCUAAAAAAGGGACCUUGGUCUUUUCCAGCGCUUUUUUGUUUCUCAUACUUUCCUACUGAGCCAUACAUUUGUUGACUUUCUGUUUUGUUUGGGGCAAAUGUAUGUCAGAGAUUAGCUGAGUGUUUUAAGCUGCCUGCUCAAGCUCUGCACUGCUGGUGAGUUUGCGGUUUCCUUCACUCGACUGCAGGCCUGUGUUCAUUUUUUGGUGUUUGUUCAGCAUUUAUCCGUUGCAUAUUAAUGUUAUAUCCUCACUGCAUUUGAAGUUGUGUUAAUUUUUAAAUGCACUGAGAUUAAGAGUGUCUCUCCUUUGAUCUUCCUGCAGUUUACAACAUUUUUUUUUCUCAAGUGAGAGGGGGGGAAGAGCUUAUAGCCUUGAAGGGACCACAUGAUGACAAUGUACUGUUCCAGAGGCAAUGUUUUUUUUUUUAAACAAACAAAAAAACAUACUUUCAAAUCGUUUCAUCUCCAAAUUUGCAUGAGGAAAAAAAUCAUUGCAGUGUCAUUCUACUUUGCAAUAUUUGACGGGAAAAAAAAGUUGGUCAUAUUUAUGUGCCACUUUAUCCACAUGAGAUGAGAAAACAGGAGUCUAUUUCCCUUUUGUUAAGCUGAAAGGGAAAAAAAGGACAAAACACAACCAUUUUUUCAUGUUAAUUGGAGUGGUAGAUGAUGGAUCAGACUCGUGGGGAAAAUAUUAAACUAAACAUGAUUGUGUGUUUCUACUGUAUCUCUGUAAAGUUGUUGGGUUGAGGAUGACUUGCUGCUUAAAGGGAGGGCAGAGCAUUCCCAUUCACAGUCCCAGUGUGGGUUAUCAGACCUGGGUCACAUAGUAAAACACACUACGCUGACCUGUUCUGGAGUUUCUGACCAUCACCGUGAUCAAUGUAAACAGUCGGCAAACUGUUUUGUAUGUAUAUAAAUAAAUAAAUAAAUAAGUCUAUCUGAGAAGAAGAUUAAUAUUCCUAGUCAAGUAGUCUCUCUGGUGUAUAAAAACAACCCAACCUGGUUGGACUAUGUAGCAUCUUAAUAAAUUAAAUGAAUAAAGCCCCUA